UUUUUAUUAUUUAAUGUGAAAAAAAGCUUAUUUUGUUUUUUUAAUGUCAUUUUUAAAAUUUUGAAAAACAGUUUAAUUUCCGACGAAAUAAAUUAAAAACAUUUCAUAAAGAAUCAAUUAUUUCUUGAAUUUAAUAAUGUGAAUUUCAAUGCACGUGCAAAUGCGCAUUCAAUGAUCUGCCCUUUCGUGGACUCUGACCAAGACGAUGAGGAUUCUUGCUAUGUACCAGUGUGGACUACUCCACAUCCACCCUCCACCCUUCCCCGUGCGCAGACUCCGACCAAGACGAUGAGGUCUCACUCUCUGCCUCUAUCCAAACCCACCGAUUCCCAACUGGAUGACGCCACCGACCCAUUAAACCGACAAGCAGCCGCAGCCGUCCUCCCCACUGUCCGCAAGAAAGGAAUCGGUGUUCGGGCCUGGCUUCUCCUUGACCACACAGGCCAGGCCCAGGUUGUGGAGGUGAGUAAGCAUGCAAUUAUGCGCCGCACCGGAUUGCCUGCUCGUGACCUCCGGAUCCUCGACCCGCUACUCUCGUACCCAUCUACAAUUUUGGGUCGAGAUAGAGCUAUCGUCAUCAAUUUGGAGCAUAUCAAGGCAAUAAUUACAGCCCAGGAGAUUCUUUUGCUGAAUUCCAGGGACCCCUCUGUUACACCGUUUGUUGAGGAAUUGCAGAGGAGGCUUUUAUGUCAUUAUAACGCGACAAAAGUUCAGGAGGGAAAUGGUGAUUUUUCAAACUGGAAAAAUUUGUAUGACCCUGAAGAGCCUCAAUCAAGGGAAAAUCAUAAAAAUUUUCCAGGAGGCUUUCGACACUCUCAGGAUCAAGAUGAGGGAUGUAAGGUAGAUGGGAAACCAGGGCUUGAAAAUCGAGAUGGAUCUAAUGUUCUUCCAUUUGAAUUUGUUGCAUUGGAGGCAUGUCUUGAGGCUGCUUGCGGUUGCUUAGAAAAUGAAGCAAAAACACUGGAGCAAGAGGCUCAUCCAGCACUGGACAAGCUGACUUCAAAAAUCAGCACCCUCAAUUUAGAGGGAGUCCGGCAAAUUAAGAGUCGUUUGGUUGCAAUAACUGGCCGUGUUCAAAAGGUUAGGGAUGAAUUGGAACACUUGUUGGAUGAUGAUGAAGAUAUGGCUGAGAUGUAUCUAACUGAAAAGUUGGUUCAGCACCUAGAAAAUUCUUCCACUACCUCUUUAAAUGAGAGAGAUGACAUGGAUGAUGAAUAUCUUCCAGCAGACUUCGAUGACAGGAUGCCUGCUGAAGUUUCGUUGGAUGCUCAUGGGGCUUCCACUAGUGGUGACGGUGAUAUUCACAAUGCUGACAACCCACAGGAUCAUCUGUUUAGUGCUCCUCAUUUGCUUAGUAGGGGCAGCCAUGGGACCCAUAACAGUACCACUCGAAGUGCUAUAAGCAAGCACCUUAAUGUAGAGGAGCUGGAAAUGCUAUUAGAGGCAUACUUUGUACAAAUUGAUGGUACACUGAACAAACUGUCUACACUGAGGGAGUACGUUGAUGAUACAGAGGACUACAUCAAUAUAAUGCUGGAUGACAAGCAGAAUCACCUCCUGCAAAUGGGGGUCAUGUUAACAACAGCAACUCUAGUGAGCAGCCUUUUUGUUGUCGUUGCUGGUAUUUUUGGCAUGAAUAUCCGCAUUGAAUUGUUCAAAGAGGAGACGGAAAUAGGGAUGCAAAAAUUUCUAUGGACUGUUGGGGGAAGUUGUACUGCGAGUGUAUUCUUGUAUGUAAUUGCUAUUGCCUGGUGCAAGCACAAGCGAUUGCUAGAAUAAAUUGAAGUGUAACACCCCCCUAAAUUUUUUAAAA